GAAAUUCUUGCCGUCCUUUGUACAUGGACCUUUUUCCAUGACGCACUUAUAAUAAGCGAGAAGGAUUCUUUCAUUUUGUAUAAUUGAGUCAGGAUUGAAGUUGUCGUAUCGGUUGACAAACUGUUGGUUCUGUUGUGCCGUGCAGGAGGCCACCACCGUUAGCGCACAUAAGCAUAAUACCCAUUGCCUCAUGAUGUCCUGACGUCGGAAAUGCAGUUCGUGACGAUAGUGUUGUCAUUAUUAAUGACUUUGGUGCUGGGUUACGAUGAAAAAUACGAUAAAAUUGAUGUCGACAAAAUAUUAGGCGAUGAUGCACUAUUAACGUCAUAUCUCAACUGUUUCCUAGACAAAGGACCCUGCAAUGAAGAAUACGCAUCUGAAUAUAAAGAAAUGUUGCCUGAAGUAAUAUCAGACGGAUGCGCUAAAUGCACUAAAAAACAAAAGCAAGCAUUUAGAAAAGUUUUGAAGGAGUUAUCUAAGAACAAACUAGAUGUACUACUAGAGGUUCAGAAGAAAUAUGAUCCAAGUGGCCAAUACAAGGACAAUAUUAAAAAAGUUAUGGAAGAAGACUAAGAGAAUCAAGUUACACAAAUUGUGUCAAAUAUUUUUUUAUUGAAACAAAAGACUUGGCUAUGAAAUUACUCCAGUUUAAUUUUAUUUGAAUAAAUGCUUAGCAUAUGAAAAAAAAA